CUUUAGAGAGCGGUUGAGCUUUGUGAAUUGGUCCUGACAGCACCUCACUCUUAACAUCUCAUCUUAGAGUCUGUUCUCUCUCUCUUUCUGGGCGUGUGAAUGAGGGCCAUUGUUUGAGGCACGCUCCUACCCUCAGGCCGCCCACUUCCAAUCCUGUUCCUCCUGCUCGUCUUGCUCUCUCUGCUCCCACUGGGCUCAGACGAGAUGCAGAGUCAACUCCUGCGUUAGCUGUCAUCAGUGGCGCUUCCUGUGCGGGGCAGAGUGGAGUGUGUCUGUUCCCUGUGUGCUGGGCUGUUGCCAGCAGCAUCUGCUGCACAGCACUCACACCCCCUCCACCGGAGCUUUCCUCAGAAGACUCGGACCGUCGCCGGGACCCCGAGCAGUCAAGCAUGGAGGCUGGAGCAAACAGAGGGGGUUUAGAAGGGGAGCUGAUCGCUCGCAUGGCGAAAAGGCAGGAGAGGAAGCGUCAGGAGCUGCUGGCGUUAGCCCUGGGAGUCAAGCUUGGGAGCAAGGGAACCCUUCUGUGGAAGCCUAUUAAACUGCUGGCCUCCUGUCCACAGAUCUCCUCACCUGUGGUGCGACGGAGUGCCUUGAAAGACACGCCUGAGAAGCUGAGCUCCUAUGAAAAGAUCCACAACUUCAAGGUACAUACCUUUCGAGGGCCACACUGGUGCGAGUACUGUGCCAACUUCAUGUGGGGCCUCAUUGCCCAGGGGGUCCGGUGUUCAGAUUGUGGGCUGAAUGUACACAAACAAUGCUCCAAACUGGUUCCCAGCGACUGCCAGCCGGACCUGCGCAGGAUAAAGAAAGUGUACAGCUGUGAUCUCACCACGCUUGUCAAAGCUCACAACACCACGCGGCCCAUGGUAGUGGAUAUGUGCAUUCGAGAGAUAGAACUCAGAGGUAUGAAAUCUGAGGGUCUGUACAGAGUGUCUGGCUUCUCAGAGCACAUUGAAGAUGUUCGACUCGCUUUCGAUCGAGAUGGUGAGAAGGCAGACAUCAGUGCCAGUGCCUAUGCAGACAUCAACAUAAUUGCCGGUGCUUUGAAGCUCUACUUGAGAGACCUCCCCAUUCCAGUCAUCACGUUUGACUUGUACUCCAAAUUUAUUCAAGCUGCAAAACUUCCAAAUGCUGAAUCCAGACUGGAGGCGAUCCAUGAGGGGUUGCUGCAGCUUCCCCCAGCACACUAUGAAACCUUACGUUACAUGAUGGCUCACCUCAAAAGGGUCACGACGUUCGAGAAGUACAACCUAAUGAACGCAGAGAACCUGGGGAUCGUCUUCGGUCCGACUCUCAUGCAGCCUCCGGAGCAGAACGCUUUGACGACCCUGAAUGACAUGAGGCAGCAGAAGCUGGUGGUGCAGCUCAUGAUCGAACAUGAAGAUGUCUUAUUCUGAGGGCAAAGGCCUGCAGAGAUGGAGGCCACGGACAAUUAUUUAUUCUGUCAAAGAGGAAAGUCAAGCCAACUGUAUUUAAGUCAAGACUCUGAAAUGUUUGCAAACGAAGCCGAACUUGAAACUUCUUUUUUUUUUUUUUUUUUUUUUUUGCAUGACGAAUUUAGUUGGUUUUGUCGUUACUGUAAGUUUGGGGUUUGCAAACUCAGCCAAGAGAAGAGUUUUUACAUGAGGCAGUGGUUAUGUAUUUUUAAUUCCUUUACGUUGUUUGUUCCCUCUGUCUAUAAUUUAAAGACUGUUGCUACCUGGUGUAGACUCAGUCGGGAUGAAAGCACCCAUGCGAUGCACAGCACCCUCUACACUUAUUGGCACAACUGGUAAAGAUGUCUAAAGAUAGAUUCAUCUUAGACUGAAAACUUUAGGAAAUUCAAAUCUUUGAUUUAAGUACAUUGACAUCAAUCCUAAGAUCAAAUUUUUUUAACGAAAUCACCAGGGGCGCAUUUAUAGGCUUCACGACCCCAUUUAGACGAUAGAACAGCUCUUAGUCUUCUCCACAUUUCACCAGGCUGGAGCAAACAAAGGGGGACAUUUGACUAUCUCUCUUCGUGCCACUUCUCUACAUCGCCCACAGUCCUGGUUUUUCCUUUAUUCUCUCUUCUUUUUAGCUCACCCUUCAGUAUUUACAUAGGAAUUAGGUCUGGGGACUGAGGAGGACACGAAGAAGGUUGAGUUUAUGUCCUGUAAACCAUUUUAUGUCUCGAGUGGCCCAUCUGUUUUGGAUCAUUAUCCUGCUGAAACACCCCCGGACCCCCGGACCGCACAUUUUCCGUCCACCAGAUUUUUAUUCAAAACGCUGCGUAAUAUCAAUGAGUUUGUAACGCUACCACUUAGAUAAAGAGAAACAGGCCCACAGCAUCACUCACCCUCCACCAC